UUACACAUUCACGCUUUAGAGAACCACAUGGCGAAUAACUUGUUCAUGUUUAUGUUGCAAUAAUAUUUUGCUUAUAGGACAAUCGUCCAAAAUGGGGAAGAAAUCGAAGACAGGAAAGUCGAGAAAAGAUAAAUUCUACCAUUUGGCUAAGGAAACAGGUUACAGAGCGAGAUCUGCCUUCAAGCUUAUCCAGUUGAAUAGGAAAUAUGAGUUUCUACAGAAGUCAAGAGUCGUUAUUGACCUGUGUGCAGCCCCUGGAGGUUGGCUACAGGUGGUGGCAGAAAACACACCUAUCUCCAGUCUCAUCGUUGGUGUUGACUUGGUGCCUAUACGUCCUGUCAGGAACUGUAAGACCCUCGUAGAGGACAUCACAUCAGAUAAAUGUAGACAGUCAUUAAAGAAAGAGUUACAGACAUGGAAAGCUGACUCUGUGAUUCAUGACGGCGCUGGAAAUGUUGGAAAAAACUGGCUCCACGAUGCUUUUCAACAAGCUCACCUCACCCUACAGGCCUUGAAGCUAGCCACAGAAUUCCUGAAGAAAGGUGGCUGGUUUGUCACUAAAGUUUUCAGAUCGAAGGACUACAACUCCCUGCUAUGGGUGUUUCAGCAACUAUUUCAGAAAGUCCACGCCACCAAACCACAGGCUUCUCGUAAUGAGUCGGCAGAAAUAUUCGUUGUCUGUGAAAAGUUCCUGGCCCCCAGCAGAAUUGACCCAAAGUUCUUAGAUGCCAAGUUUGUGUUCAAGGAGGUUGAUAUGGAGCCAAGACAGAUGAUUAACCUCAUACAUCCAGAGAAAAAGCGACGACAUCGUGAUGGUUACGCAGAAGGGGACUACACUCUGUAUCACACACUCAAAGUCUCGGAGUUCAUAGAUAGUGACAAUCACCUUGACUUAAUGGCCCAGUCCAAUGCUUUGGUAUUUGAUGAUGACAGAAUAGCAAAAUUACCAGAGACGACAGAGGAAAUCAAGGAAUGCCUAGGGGACUUGAAGGUGCUUGGAAAGAGGGAUAUCAAAUUACUGAUCAAGUGGCGAACACAAGUCAGGAAGAGUCUGGGAAAGGACGAGGAGUCGAAGGAUAAGACGGAAGACAAGGUUGAGGAGGUGGUAGAGGACAGUGAAGACGAAGAAGCUCAGAUAGAAGCCCAGCUGGCCGAGGCCAAGGACGAGGAAAGGAAGGUCCUUAAAAGGAAACUGAAGAAGGUGCGACGAGAGAAGGCUCGUCUACGACUGAAGAUGGACAUGAAGAUGGUGAUCCCAGGAGACAAAUUUGACUUUACAGACGAUGUUGGUCUCUUUAACCUCAACAAAAUGAAAAGCAAGGCGGAUGUAGAUAGGGUGGAGGCAGGUGAAAACCAUUUUGCUGAUGAGUUUGUAUUGGAUGAGCUUGAGGCUGACAUGGAAACCACUUCACACCAGAAGCGAGAGACUUACGACCGAGAUGGUCACGAUCAUAUUGACGAGUUGUACUCAUCGUCGGAGAAUGAGGAAGACCUAGAGGAACCUGAUUUAGAGGAUGUGGAAGACGAGGAUGAUGCCGAAGAAGAGGAGAUGGAGUUUGAAGAUGAUGAAGAGGUUAAGAAAGACGCCAAUCCAUUGAUAGUCAACUUGGAGAAAACCUCUACACAGGUGGAGCGCAAACUCAAGACCUGGUUCAACAAGGAAUCUUUCGCGGGUUUAGAGGAUGAGGCUGAUGAGGAUGUAGAAAUUGAGAAAAUGAUGGAGGACUACAAACGACGAGGAGGUACCAUUACAGGAAAAAAAGAGGAAAGUAAAGGAACCAAAAGCAAACAGACAACAAAGAAAGAUGUCAUUGAAGAGGGUGAUAGUGGUGUGGAGGAAAACGAGGACUCCGAUUCAGAAAUGUCUGAUACAGAGGACAAAGAUGCUGAAAGUGUGGACAAUGAUAAGGAUGAUGAUGAUAGUGAUGAAAGUGACAGUGAGAGUAGUGAUAGUGAUUUUGAUACAACAGACAUGAAAAAAUCGGAUCAGAAACAUUCGACCACAGGCUUUGAGGAAGUUCCUGCAGGUUAUAUAGAUGCUACAGGGCUGGCCAUUGGAGCUGCUAUGGUGCAGUCACGGAAACGGAAACGGGAUAUAGUGGACGGUGGUUAUCACAGAUACAUGUUUGACGAUGAUAAUUUGCCAGAAUGGUUUGCAAAGGAGGAAGCUAAACAUAACAAACGAGAGAUGCCGGUUACAAAGGGGGAUGUCCAGGAAUACCUGAUGAAGAAGAGGUCCAUUGAUGCUAGACCAAUCAAAAAAAUUGCUCAGGCCAAGGCUAGGAAAAAGAAGAAGGAAAUGAGGCGUCUUGAUAAAGCGAGGAAGAAGUCUGAGGUGAUAUCAGACACAGCAGACAUUACGGACAGGGAUAGAUGGCAACAGAUUAAACAGGUUUACAAGAAGGCUGGACUACUGACAGCAAAAAAGAAAGAGGUAACAUAUGUGGUGGCUAAAAAAGGAGGAGGCAAGAGACCGCGACGACCUACUGGUGUGAAGGGACCCUACAAAGUGGUGGACGGACGCAUGAAAAAGGACAUGAAAAAGAAAAAAGAGCAAUUAAAAAUGGAAAAAAAGAAAGGCAAAAAAGGAGGGAAAAGGAUGAAAUAAAUAGUUUUGUUUUACUUUUGUGAUGUUUGGUUAUUGUUUAGAUAUCAUAGGCAUUAGCCCACAGGUGUACACAUUAUCGGAGCAAAAACUUGU